AUGACGCGUGUGAGAGCUAGAACUUCUGAACUCAGACCGUCGUUUGAGUGUUCGUUUGGUGGCACAAAUAUUAAAAAUUCCAAAAAGUACUGGUCACGAGAUUGUAACAAACAAUUUGCAAAUGCGAAAAGUAACAAAACUUGGGUGAUUGAGUACGACCCCGAAACAAAAAGGCAAAGUGCCGAAUGGCACACCACGGCGUCCCCUCACCCCAAGAAGGCAAGAAUGAGCAAGUCAAAGGUCAAGACCAUGCUCAUUGUGUUCUUUGACAUCAGGGGGCUCGUCCACCAUGAGUUUGUACCACAUGGUAAAACCGUCGACGCCAAAUUCUACGUGGAAGUGCUCUAG